AUGGCCCUCCGGAGCGCGCGCGACGCGACGACGGCGACAGUAGCAGCACCACACGCAGGCAGCGGCGGCGCCGCCGACAGCAUCAGCCCUGCCGCGCCCGCCUCGGCGCCCCGGCGGCGCGUGGAGGAGGACUGGACCCCCAGCACCCUUUCCGAGGUCGUCACAGUGUUUGCGAAGCACCCGUCCUUCCAGUUCCCCGCGGCGGUGCUGGCCGCCCUGCUUGCCCUGCGCCUGCAGCAGCCGGCCGGCCUGGCCGACGCGGCGGUGGUCGCGUUCCUGGCGGGGUUCUGGCUGCUGCAGGAGUGGGUCGUCCACAAGCACUUGCUGCACUCGGACUGGAACUGGGUCG